AAGCCGUACUAACUACUAAGCAUUGCUAGUUUGCUACUACUAGUACAACAACAACAAGAGAGAGAAAGAAAGAUACAAAGACUGCAAUUCCUCUUUUUUUCUUCCUUCCUUCUUUACUUUCUCUCUCCUCUAUUUUCUCUUGCUUGACCAAAAAACUUUACGAUCUCUUUCUCUCUUCAAAUUCGAUCUCUUCAAGCUCAGCUUUAGCAAUCAAUCUUUGUUUUUAUUUAUCUCAGAAAUUGUUGGUUGGUCUGCUGGUCAAAUAUUUUGCUCGAUCGACGCGUAUUUCUUUUUCUUCCGACAAAAUAUCAGUCAAUUUUGAGGGCUUCGGCUGAGGUUUGUGGUGUUUGACAUGCGGAUGCUGAAGAAGUAAACAAAAUUCAGAGGUUGCGUCUCUGACAAGAGAACAAAGAUGUUGGAGGCUUCGAAGUUUACUGGAAUCAUAGGGAUAAACAACAAUGAUAACAAGUUCUAUGACUUUUAUCACAAGCUUGGAGUUGGUGAGAAUUCCAAUAUGUCCAUUGACAGUUAUGCAAGCUUGCAGGCGAGCAAUGGAGGGGGUUCAGUUGCAAUGUCUGUUGAUAAUAGCAGUGUGGGUUCUAAUGAUUCACACACUCGCAUGUUGGGUCAUCCAGGAUUGAAACGUGUGAACAUUAACUCUUCGGUCGCCGGAAGUGUUAAUCAUCGGGGAAGGGUAACCCAUGCCUUAAGUGAUGAUGCACUUGCUCAAGCGCUUAUGGAUCCUACAUUCCCAACUGAGGGGCUCGAGAAUUUUGAGGAGUGGACCAUUGACUUAAGGAAGCUUAAUAUGGGUGAGGCGUUUGCACAGGGAGCAUUUGGGAAGCUUUAUCGGGGUACUUAUGAAGGUGAGGAAGUUGCUAUUAAAAUUUUAGAGAGGCCAGAGAAUGAUCAGGAUAGGGCCCAGCUGAUGGAGCAGCAAUUUCAACAGGAAGUUAUGAUGUUGGCUACUUUGAAGCAUCCAAAUAUUGUUCGGUUUAUUGGAGCUUGCCGUAAACCCAUGGUCUGGUGUAUUGUUACUGAAUAUGCCAAGGGUGGUUCAGUUCGACAGUUCUUGACAAAGAGGCAUAACAGAUCAGUGCCUCUUAAGUUGGCUGUAAAGCAGGCAUUGGAUGUGGCCAGGGGGAUGGAGUAUGUCCACCAACUUGGAUUAAUCCACAGGGAUCUAAAGUCUGAUAAUCUGUUGAUUUUUGGUGAUAAAUCUAUAAAAAUUGCGGAUUUUGGAGUUGCUCGGAUUGAGGUUCAGACCGAAGGAAUGACUCCAGAGACUGGAACAUACCGCUGGAUGGCUCCUGAAAUGAUCCAGCAUAGGCCCUAUACACAGAAGGUCGAUGUGUACAGUUUUGGAAUAGUCCUCUGGGAGCUGAUUACAGGUUCGCUCCCGUUCCAGAAUAUGACUGCUGUUCAGGCAGCAUUUGCCGUGGUCAACAAGGGGGUUCGUCCAAUAAUCCCACAUGACUGUUUGCCUGUUCUCACCGAAAUCAUGACCCGUUGUUGGGAUCCUAAUCCAGAUGUCAGGCCGCCCUUCUCAGACGUUGUGAAGAUGCUUGAACAUGCAGAGACGGAGAUCAUGACCACUGUACGUAAGGCCCGUUUCAGGUGCUGCAUUACACAACCAAUGACUGCCGAUUAAUGCACAGAAAGAUCAAGCAAAAGACAAGACAGGUUGGAGGAAAAAGGAUAGGCACAGAUUUAUUGGGGUAUUCCGAAGGGUUGCAACAAAGAGGAAAGUCCUGCAGGGGAAGGUGGUUUUACUUAACCGUGUAUUUAUGAGGAUAUCAUUUUCUUACAUUCAGCUUAGACAAAAAAAAAGUGGUAAAAUCACGAAAAAAGUGGAGAACAUAUGGGUUUUCUGCUUUUGUUUUUUUAGUUAUAAUUCAAAUGGAUUUGCUGUGGUUGCCCAUAUAAGUAGGAUGAAGAGAAGAUAUGUGAUGUGUAUUGUGUUUAUAAUAUACAUGCGCUCUCGCUGGUGUUAUGAUGUUUAUGUAUUCUUAUUCUUAUUUAAUUGUUCCUGAUGAUAAAGAGGAGAAAUGUUAAAUUGCA